AUGGAAGAAAAACAACUUGAGCAUUUCAGUCAUGAGGAACACCCUCUGAUCCUGUGUGAAUUGCAGAAGGAAAACGAUGACGGUAGCAUUGAUCAAAAGCCAGCAGUCUGUUAUGGGUGUCAGGAGCAAAUCUCGGACUCCAUAGCAUACUGCUGCUUCCCCUGUGAUUUCUUUCUUCACAAAAGAUGUGCGGAGCUUCCUCCACAAAUUAGGCAUCCGAUGCAUUCCCAGCAUGACUUAGUCCUCCUUAGGAAUCCAACUUAUUUCUCGGGUGGUUGUGUCUGCAAUGCGUGUGGCCAAUAUCCUUGGAAGUUUUUCACGUACCACUGCUCCUCAUGCGACUUUGAUCUGGAUGUGUCGUGCGCUAUUUUGGAUCAGCGGGAAAUAAAGCUCGAUUGUCAUGACCACCCUCUUGUACAGCUAAACAGACCUGCUACUUUCUACUGUCAUGCUUGCCAUAAGGUUGAUGAAGAUUGGUCCUAUUUGUGUCCUACUUGUCAAUUUUGGAUCCACAGAAAAUGCGCCUCCCGGCUAACACCAACUGUGAAGCACAAGGAUCAUGAUCAUUCACUCCUUCGGGCUUAUUUUCUUCCGUCUGAGUACCUCUACCUCAGUUUUACACAAUAUUGCCCUGUUUGUCGGAAAAAGGUACAUCUGAGUGAUUGGCUCUAUUAUUGCGGUCCUUGCAGAUACUUCGUCCAUGUUACAUGUGUUGUGAUCUCUCAAGAGGAUGCAGGAGAACAAGUUCAAAAUGCGGUGAAACUACCAUCCAGUAACGCGGUUCAAGGAUUGAUCGCCCGUUUUCUUCUCAAGGAAGAUGAGAUCAGUAACAGUAAUGACUCGGGCAAAUCGAAUAUUGAAGAAGAGAUAUUUAUGGAUUCACACGGGAAGCAUCCGCUUGUUCUUUCAGAGAAAGUACAAAACUUAGAUGAGAUAAAGAGUACUACCAGUGAUGAUCAGGAAGAAGCAAAAGCAUUGUUAGUAUGUGACGUGUGCAUUGAACCUAUUUGCUCAUCUGAUGAUCUUCACUACUAUGCUUGUGUCGAGUGUGGUUACUUUGUCCAUCUAACUUGUUCUAACCUCCCCCCUGAAUUGCACGUUCCAAAGCAUCCCCAGCACCCAUUCUCAUUAAGGUAUACUCGGAAUGCAGUUGGUCUUUUUAGAUGCGGGGCAUGUCGCCGGGCCACCAAUGCUGCCUGUUAUUAUUGUGAACCUUGUGAACUAAGCAUUUGUAUAAAGUGUGCGAGUGCUAGCAUGAUGACGAGUAGUGUCAAACACGCUGGUCACAAGAAGCACCUCUUGACUCCAUUUCAAAGUUCAAAUCCUUGCACGGCAUGCGGCGAUACAUAUAGAGGUGGUUUUGGGUUUACUUGUGAGGAUUGCCAUUUCUAUGUGUGCUAUGACUGUGCUCUGUUGCCUCCUACAACCACGCAGAGAUGGGACAAGCACCCACUUCACCUGAUAUAUCCUCCGUAUUUCGAGCAUCUUGAGGAAUUCUACUGUAUGCUCUGCAAAAAAGAAAUCAACCCAAAUCAUUGGAUGUAUCACUGCCGUGAAUGCGACUAUUCAUUGCAUCCAUUGUGCGUUCCCCAACUUGGGUUGUUCAGAUGUGUGAAAUUUGGGCGCUCCCUGAGUGUGAAUAAUCAUUCUCAUCCUCUCACUCAUGUUGCCGAAGCAAAAUACAAAUCCUUUUGCGAGAGCUGCGACAACAAGAGGUUAGAUUGGGGACCGGCUUUCGAAUGCGAUUUUUGCAGAUUUUAUCUCUGCCUAAAAUGUGCUAUCGAAAGGGAAUUGACUGAUGAUGAAGAAUGA